UGAGGUUUGGGAGGGUAAGGGUGUGAUCAGGUGCAAGAUGUGCAGUGGCCAUGUUUAACCAUUGCUACAUGCCUGUGUGUCAGGUGCAGGGGAGGCUGCUAGGCUAGCUGUCACUACGAUACAUGAUCAGGGAUGGGGAAGGCAGACGGCAGUUAUUAUAGGAUGUGACAGUCGCUUUCUGCAUUGCUCACUGUGGAUCUAAACCCCGCGUGUGUGACAAGCUGACGUCUGUUACCGAGCGGCCUUAUCUCGGAACGUUCCAAUGGCUCCUUAACACCGGGUAUUACCGUAUUGUCUCUUGUUUGUGACAGAUAAAGAAAAGAUGUCGGGCCAGACGCUGACAGAUCGGAUCGCAGCUGCACAGUACAGCGUGACAGGCUCAGCAGUGGCCAGGGCAGUCUGCAAGGCGACCACUCAUGAAGUGAUGGGGCCCAAGAAAAAGCACCUUGAAUACUUAAUUCAAGCCACCAAUGAGACAAAUGUCAAUAUUCCUCAGAUGGCAGACACACUGUUUGAACGAGCUACAAAUAGCAGCUGGGUCGUUGUUUUCAAAGCAUUAAUCACAACUCAUCACCUAAUGGUUCAUGGUAAUGAGAGGUUUAUACAAUAUCUGGCAUCUCGGAACACACUCUUUAACCUUAGUAAUUUCUUGGAUAAAAGUGGCUCACACGGUUAUGAUAUGUCAACAUUUAUACGGCGGUACAGUAGGUACCUCAACGAAAAAGCCUUUUCCUACAGACAAAUGGCAUUUGACUUUGCAAGAGUAAAAAAGGGGGCUGAAGGUGUCAUGAGGACAAUGCUUCCAGAGAAGUUGCUAAAGGGCAUGCCAAUACUACAAGGGCAAAUUGAUGCCUUGCUUGAGUUCGAUGUGCAUCCAAAUGAACUAACAAAUGGUGUUAUAACUGCUGCUUUUACACUUCUUUUUAAAGAUCUUAUCAAGUUAUUUGCUUGUUAUAAUGAUGGGAUAAUUAAUUUAUUAGAAAAAUUUUUUGAAAUGAAGAAGGGUCAGUGCAAAGACGCUCUAGAAAUCUAUAAGCGAUUUUUAACAAGAAUGACCCGGGUGUCUGAAUUCAUGAAAGUGGCAGAGCAAGUUGGCAUUGACAAAGGAGAUAUUCCAGACCUUACCCAAGAUGGUUUCAUCGAUGAACCGGCCCCAAACAGCUUAUUGGAAACUCUAGAGCAGCAUUUAAAUACACUGGAAGGCAAGAAACCUGGAAGUGAUGGAUCUGGUUCUCCAGUUGGGAAGUCAUCUCCUACAAAUGUCACAUCGCCUAACUCAACCCCAUCUAAAACAGUAGAUGCCUCAUCGCCUGUUGACCUUUUUGCAACAGCAUGUGCAGGAGCUGCAAUAAGCUCUCCAAAACUGUCCAAUGAUCUUCUGGACUUGCAACCAGACUUCAGCUCUGCUACAGCAUCUGCUUCAGCAGCAACUGGAGGUGCUAGUGCAUGGGGAGAUCUUUUGGGUGAGGACUCUCUUUCUGCACCUUCUGCUCCUACUGUUACCUCAGAGACUCCUCAGCUUUCAGAUCCUUUCUCAGCUGAACCCAGUUCAUCUAGUGAUGCUCCCAGUGAAACUACAACUGCUUCAGUUUCUGCAACAGCUACAAAUAUCAAUAUUAGCAAAGCUGAGGUUGACCUUUUCGGAGAUGCCUUUGCUGCUUCUCCAGGUGAAGCCACUGCAACACUAGAUGGGGCUGCUGCUCCGCCCACCCCAACCCCUGUUGCGGCUGCCCUUGAUGCAUGUUCGGGACACGACCCUUUUGCCCCAUCUGAAGGUAGUGCAGAAGCUGCUCCUGAGCUGGACCUUUUUGCUUUGAAGCCAACAGAAACCAGUGCUCCUGUAGUUACCCCCACAACUAGUGCAGCCUCUACAGCUCCUGCAACUACUCCUUCUCCUCCUCCUCCUGCUGCAGUAGCUGCUGCUUCUACUACUUCUACCACUACUACAACUGCUACUACCACUGCUGCCACCACAUUUGCCAGCACCACCACUACAACUACUGCUCCUCCUGCUCUAGAUAUAUUUGGUGAUUUAUUUGACUCUGUUUCGGAGGCUCCUGCUGCAACUAAGCCUGAUGCUGCACCUAGCAUAGACCUGUUUGGCACAGAUGCUUUUUCAUCCCCACCGCAUGGGGCCUCUCCUGUGCCAGAGGGUUCCCUCACUGGAGACCUCUUGUCUGUGGACACUUUUGCAGCUUCUUCCGCUGCCCCCACUGCUUCUCCUGCAAAGGUGGAAUCUUCAGCUGUACUCGACUUAUUUGGGGAUGCUUUUGGAGAAGUUGUUGAGCCACAACCAGCAGCUAUGGCACCUACUAGUUUGUCAUCUUCUGCAGACCUACUGGCUGGAUUUGGAGGCUCAUUCAUGGCGCCCUCUCCUACGCCGAUUACUCCAGCACAGAAUAACCUUGUUCAGCCAAGCUUUGACGCAGCCUUUGGUGCAAGCCAGCCUGCUGCUCCUGCCAGCUCUUUCGAUGCUUCAGUGUUUGAUGGUUUAGAAGACCUUCUCAUACCAACCAUGACCCCCACAUCCCAUCCACUAUCAUCUUCAAUCACAUCAGCAGGGAAUUCUGCAGCAGCAGGCAAAGGUCUUGGAAGUGAUCUGGAUUCUUCUCUUGCAAGUUUAGUAGGCAAUCUUGGGAUUUCUGGGACCACAGUUAAAAAAGGUGAUCUUCAGUGGAAUGCUGGAGAGAAGAAGUUGACUGGAGGUGCCAAUUGGCAACCAAAGGUAGCGCCAGCCACAUGGUCAACUGGUAGCCCAUCAAGUUCCUCUAUGCAAGGAUCUGCUCCUCCUGUGAGUGGUGUCCCCCCAGCAGCAAGUGCUUCACCCAGUGCACAGCCAGUUGCAGGGCUUGGUCUGGCUUCAUCUGGAACAGGGGCGCCAAUGAUGCCCCAGCAGCCAAUGAUGUAUGGUCAGCCUAUGAUAAGACCGUCAUUUGGUGGAGCUGCUGUUCCCGGUGCACCACUUUCACCAAGUCCUUCUCCUGCUUCUCAAAGUCCCAAGAAACCCCCAUCAAAGGAUCCAUUAGCAGAUCUCAACAUCAAAGAUUUCUUGUAAUCAUUUAAGAUGCUAUUUUUUUUUGUGACAAGAAAAUGUGAGUCUGGAGCCUAUGAAGAACCGACUGCUGCUCAGGGUUUCUAAAUGAGCCACCAGUACCAAACCCAGUGCUUAGAUUUUUCUCUCUUCUGAAAUGUGUAGCACAGCCGUGAAAGUAAACAUUAGUCAUUUGUAUUACCUAAGUCCUUCUCUGCUGCUGAAUAUCAUUUUUUGUGCAUUUGGGUUCACUCUGUUUGCCCGUUUCUACCACUGGAUGUACCUUGCGCAUUCCUUUUAGUGAGUUUAAUUAUCUCUGCUGGGAACAGGAUAUGCAGCUACUGUAUUGAAUGCUGAGCUGUCUGGUGCAAUGUGUCUGUGUAUUGAAGGUUACAAUGUACAUAAUGUUUAAACAACCCCUCUAUCAUUCUCUCUGUUAUAAAAUAUUGUGUGAUGCAGGAAAACGCUCCAAUACAAACCCGUUUUGUGUGCGUGUGUGUGCGUUUGCUUGUGACCUACCCACAGGAAUUUCAAUUUGGGGGGGUAUAGUUUUUUCUUUUGUAAUACUGUACAUGUUUAAAUAUUUAUAGUUUUAAGUAAUAUAUUUACAAAAUAGACCCCAUAUAGAGCUCUGAAAGUGAACAUAUCUAAAAGGAAAUGAUAUAUCAGAACAAAAUCAGGAUUAUCAUUUAUUAUUUAAAAAGUUAUAUAUAUAUUUUAAUAUUUUUCAAAUUUUUGUUCAUUUUGCUCUUCCCUGUUGGGCUAUCAAGCAGUUAAUGGGUUAAAUGUGCUCUCGCUGGAGUAUGAAGCAGCAGCAGCAGGCAUACUUUACGUUUGUAAUUCAGCUUGUAGUAUCCGUAGUCAGCCGCAGUAUUUGUUUUAUUAUUUUUUUUAAUCAUUAUUAGUUUUAUUGUAAAGUCACUUAAUUUGUGUGUUUGGUUUGUGUUGUUUUCAUAAUGUCCCCAUCCCCCGUCCUUCUCUGAUUUUUGUACUGUUUGUGAGUGCGAGUUGCGCCCUUUACUGUGCAUAUUGUGCAAACUUGGCUUUCUGUUCACACACACUCUCAUCCCAUUUUGUGCUGAUGGCUUGGCUUCCGGUUUCGGCGCAAAGAAAAAGGUCACUGUUGAUCAGUGUUACAAGUGGCUUGGCAGCUCUAUGUAGAAUUAUGUCAGAUAGGGAGGAUGUUCACCUGUUGUCUUUCAAAAUUAACUAUUUAAUCAAUGGUUGUAACUGAAUUUACUGUGGGGAAAACAUAAACUCUAAAUGGGGGGAGGGGAGUAUUUAAAAUCAAUUUCAAAAUGGCUUUCCCUUGUAUCCUGGUUUAAAGACCCAGUGCAUGUAUGCCCUGUGAGAUGCAAUAAACACCUGAACUAAAGCAA